AAAAACUCACAUUCACACUCAGGCUCAGGCGCAGAGGCUAAAAGCAAAAUAGCGAUGCAAUCUAUGCCCAUGGACUCCAACCCACGUCCUCGCCCUGAACCACCCAACCACCUCUCCCUUAGUCCCACUCCUUCUGCCUCCAAACUCCCCGUCAAACGCAAAACCCCUCACCUCAACUCCUCCUCAGCCCAACCUAUUUCCAACGCUGCUCUCGAUUUCGACUCCAAACCUCCGCCCUUUAAGUUCCACCGGAUCUGGACCGAACCCGACGAGAUCCGUUUUCUCCAGGGCCUCCUCGAUUCCUCCUCCCAUGGCCUUUCUUUCCCUCGUGACUUGCCCAUUUUUUAUGACAAUUUCUCAAACACUAUGUCUCAACCCUACUCCAGAUCCCAGCUCUCCGAGAAGCUCCGCAGAUUGCGCAAGAAGUUUCGGGUCAUCUCUUCUCGUCUUGCUCGCGGCCUUAGUUAUUCUCUCUUGUCCCCCCACGAUUGCGCCCUUUUCAAUCUCUUGAAGAGGCUCUGGAGCCCUGAAUUCUCAUCUAUUUCGCCUUUCGGCCGUAGCGAAGUCAAUUCUUUUAGUAAUUUGGAUGUGGGCACUAAUGCGAAUUUGGUAGGAGUGAAGGUUAGUUUCUCGCCGGUUUUGCCUGUGGUUUUCUCCGAUGAUGAUAAUGACAUGAAUGAUUUAGGGUCGUUGGAUUUGGAUGAUUUUGAUCAUGGGAAUGUCCCGAAGACGAGUGAAAUGAAUUUGGAUUGUGAUAUGAUUGAAGCACGAGAAGAGGAUUCUGGGGUGGCGAAGAGUGUGGUGGCUAAAAGCGUUUUGAAUGUGUUUGAUGAGUGUCUCAAAGAUGUUCAGAUGGUCCUCGCGAGAGAAAGCUUGCGAUGUUCGGAUGAUUUUAAGGAUUUUGAAAGGAGGUGGAGGAAGCAAAGGGUUGCAGAGCUGGAUGUUUUUGCUCGGCGAUUGAGGUUGGUUCUCGAGAACUCUGUUAAUAGGCAAUCUGUAUCAUAACUUGGUUAGUGUAGCAUUCGGAAUUGGCUCAUUGGCAUUGCCUUUUUGGGGGGGCUCUGCUGAUUAUUUUUCUGAAAACUUGUAUAUUCCCUUUUUUGUAGUCAAAGGGCUCGAGUAUUUUCUAACAUUUUUGGAAAUUAAUUUUACUUGAUUAAUUGUUUAUGCAUAGAUAAGUUAAUGAGUUUUAAA